GGCAGCGCGUCACUCCGGGUUGCGUGCUGCUCGGCCAGGCGCGGCGCUGCAAGGGCGGGGGGCGAUGGCGGCGGGCGUGCUGCGCAGUGGUCUGCGCGGGGCCUUCCUCAUGCAGCAGCAGCGCGGGUGGAGCUCGGGCUCCGGCGCGGACCAGCUGGGCGAGCUGGGCAAGGGCGCCGGCAAGGGCGGCGGGGGCGGAGGCUCUAUUCGCGAGGCGGGCGGCGCCUUCGGGAAGCGGCAGGCGGCCGAGGAGGAGCGCUACUUCAGGGAGAAGGAGAGGGAACAGCUGGCAGCUCUGAGGAAACACCACGAGGAAGAAAUCGAUCACCACAAGAAACAGAUAGAUCUUCUGCAGAAAGAAAUCGAGCGCCACAAGUACAAGAUCAAGAAGCUUAAAAAUGAUGAUGAUGAUUAAACCGCCGGUGUCUGUUGCGGUUUUCUUCCAUAUGCAGCCGAUAAGUGUUUUGUCGUCGUUGUUGUUGUUGUUGCUGCUGCAUUGAAGACUACAGGCUUUAGCCAACAUAAUCCAGGUUUGCACCAUUAUAAUAUGGACUGCAGGAAAAUCGAAUAAACUCAAAGAAUCCAACAA